UUUCAAAUCAGUGACAGAAAGACGUGGCUAUACAUUUCUGAAGUAUCAGUGGAUAAGGAUAUUUUCUCGUUUUGUCAUUUUGGAACUGUUUAAGGCUCAUUUUCUACGCUUUAUUGAUACUAGAAAUAUUUGUCUUGAUUGGAAGAAACUAAAUUCAAAGGUUAAAACAUGAAGUGUUGUUUGGCAGUAUUCAUACUUAUUUCGUCGUGUGUCGCACUGGGAGAUGCGUGCAGCUGUUUUCCAGCAACAGACACUGAAAAGUAUUGUGCAACAUACAACGAUUUUGCUAUUCUAAUACAAGUAAAGAAUGGCGGCCAAAUUGUUCAAAAUAAAAGGAGAUACAAGAUUGAUCUAUUGAACAUAUACAAUAUUACGAUUACCAAUACGAAUCUUCAAACAAACUUUAUAUUUACCGCGGUGGAAGGCAGUCUGUGCGGGAUCACAUUGCAAAAUGGCAAGUUUUACGUUUUGACAGGUACCAUCGCCGAUGGUAACGGAAAUCAGAAGAUACUGCAGACAUUGUCAUGUGACCUGCGCAUACAGUAUGAUUCAGAAGCCGACGUUGACUUUGUAGCACCGACCUGCUAAUUCAAAUGUCUCUUUCUUUAUUUACAAUACAGUUAACCCUGUGUGAAAGAUCACUUCAGAAAAAUCCACACAAAUACUGUCUAUACAAGUCACGUCUUAAAUUUAUUUUUUAUUUUUGUGUUUGACUGUCUUAAUACAUAUCAAUAUUUUAAGACUGAUUAGCCAAAUAAAAUUGCAAGCUUAAUUGUUAGAAGCUAUCAGAAAUAAAAGAAAAUGGUGAUAAAGUUACUAUAAAGAAAUCUACUUAAACAUUAUUUCAAAAAUUAAAACAUUGCGUUUUCUUA